UUCGAUGACCAUCUCUGCUUUUCCAGUUGCGGCUCCAAACGUUCAGGAGAGCUGAUACCCAACGAGGGAGAACAGAACGAGCGCUACUACUACCACUACUACACUACUACAACACUGUGUCGUAGCGGUAAUCAAUCACGUGACUAUGAUUUAACAGGUGACAAAAGCCUUGUUGACCUCGGAACGCGUCUUUACGAGCAACAAGGUCGCCCGCCUUUGUUUGAACAAGGCGGCAAUGGAAAAUAUAAAGUCCGCUCUCCCGCCGCUCUCUCUCUUCUCCUCUUCUUCCUCACCUCUCACUACUUCCAGAACUUCAGCAACACCCACCCUUCCCGUGCUUUUCAACAAUGGUUUUCGGCCAGAGGGGAGCACGCCCCUCCUGUGCAUCGCAUACUGCUGCUGCGUUCUACAUGCACCGUCGCUGCCGACAUCUCCCUACAUACGCGCAACCGCGGCUCGAAUCUGCUUUUGCGGGCUAUCCGACGACCGAGAGAGGCUACGGACGCUCUCAGCCCAGCACUUGCUUCGCCGCCCACGACGACGACGACUUGAUCCCCGAAGUGAUACAAUCCCCGGUCUUUAACGUGGAUCUCUCUCGCAUCCGCCUCAACGACGCCCUGAUAUUUCACGG